AUGAUAUUUCAUCCAUCUGCUCUGAAGGCCAUUCCCGAGCAUGAAGCACUCCUAGUCUCCGACUACGAAGUGAUGGUAUUGAACAAGCCCAGACGGUUCUCUUUCCGGAAAUAUUCUCACUCGGACUGCAUCGCAUACACAGGCUCUAAGAGAGCCAUUUUCUGCCGAGCAGUACAGCGACCUCUUUGGGCUCUGAUUUUCAUUCUUGGUAUGCUCGCCGUUGCAUGGGAAUGCUUUCUUUAUCUCUUUCCACAUGAUUUUGAGUUGGUUAUUUUCCCCGGUGAACGCUCCUCAAGGUUGUCCGACUCGUCCACUUACGGUGUCAUCCCCAUACCAUGCCACUCGCACAACGACUACUGGCGUCACGUUCCCCUACGCUCAGCACUCCAUGCAGGAUGUAUCAGCGUCGAGGUUGACGUUUGGCCAUGGGGAAACGAGAUUCUAGUUGGCCAUUCACCUUCCACAGUCCUCCGAGGAACACUGCAGAGCCUCUAUCUUGACCCGCUACUGAAGAUGCUUGACACACACAAUGCACCUCCUUCUCGCAACUGGCCGAAGGUCGUGAGUCAGGAAAUGGCCGGACCAUUUUCCAAUGAUCCAAAGCAGACUCUGACCUUGCUGAUUGAUUGCAAAACCGAGGGUGAUCGGACCUGGCCUCUUCUUGUCGAACAGCUGAACCCGUUUCGUGAAAAGGGCUACUUGACUCACUUUAAUGGCUCUGAUGUUGUAUACGGCCCGAUUACUGUGGUGGUUAGCGGAGACAUGCCUUUUCACCUGUUGUUAGAGAACACGACCUAUCGCGACGUCUUUUACGAUGCACCUCUUGACAACUUGACCUUUCCCACCGAAAUAAUGACAGACGAUAACAAGUCAAUGGAUUCCACAUAUAACCCGUCCAACAGCUAUUACGCAUCAGCAGACUUUCGCACGGCUAUUGGGUCUCUCUCUCUUAGCCGUCUGUCGGAUAUUCAGCUGGCUGUCCUUCGGAGUCAGGUACGUGCAGCUCACAUGAUGGGACUAAAGGUGCGGUACUGGGGAACUCCCACCUGGCCGGUUGGACUGCGGAACCAUGUUUGGCAUGUACUUGUGCAUGAGGGUGUUGAUGUGAUCAAUACAGAUGAUUUACGCGGUGCAACUAGGCAGGAUUGGAAGCCUCACCACUGGUGGCAGUGGUGGGUAUAA